UGCCCCAUAUAAACCCUACGAAAUCAAAGGCCGCCGCCGGCGCCACCCAUUUUUCCAAUAUCCAAAGAAAUGAAGCUCCCCGCACUCUCUCUGCACCACCACGCCACCCCCUUUCUCCACAAAACCACCGCGCUCCCCGUUUCCCGCUCUUCCAAUGCCCCCUUCUCCGUCCGCAUGUCCCUCCGCGACGACGGCCCCUCCAUCGCCAUCGUCGGAGUCACCGGCGCCGUCGGCCAGGAGUUCCUCUCCGUCCUAUCCGACCGAGACUUCCCCUACCGAUCCCUCAAGCUCCUCGCCUCCAAACGCUCCGCCGGAAAAUCCCUCAAUUACGAGAAUCGGGAUUACACCGUCGAGGAAUUGACCGACAACAGCUUCGACGGCGUCGACAUUGCCCUGUUCAGCGCCGGAGGGAGCAUUAGCAAGAAGUUCGGCCCGAUUGCGGCGGACAAGGGCACCAUUGUGGUGGAUAACAGCUCCGCCUUCAGGAUGCACGAGGGGGUUCCGCUCGUGAUUCCGGAGGUCAAUCCCGAGGCCAUGGACGGAAUCAAGCUCGCCAGCGGGAAAGGGGCGCUCAUUGCCAAUCCGAAUUGCUCCACGAUUAUUUGCCUCAUGGCAGCCACGCCUCUGCAUCGUCGUGCUAAAGUAACGCGUAUGGUUGUCAGCACGUACCAGGCAGCUAGUGGUGCAGGUGCUGCAGCAAUGGAAGAGCUGGAACAGCAGACUCGUGAGGUACUGGAAGGCAAAGAGCCCACUUGUUACAUCUUUAGCCAGCAGUAUGCCUUCAACUUGUUCUCGCAUAAUGCACCCGUUCUUUCAAACGGAUACAAUGAAGAGGAGAUGAAAUUAGUUAAAGAGACAAGGAAGAUAUGGAACAACAAUGAUGUCAAAGUUACUGCUACAUGUAUACGAGUACCUGUCAUGCGUGCUCAUGCUGAGAGUGUCAAUCUUCAGUUCGAGACACCUCUAGACGAGGACGUGGCAAGGGAGAUUCUCAGCAAUGCCCCGGGUGUGGUUGUGAUUGAUGAUCGUGCAGCGAACAACUUCCCCACCCCACUAGAAGUUUCUAACAAAGAUGAUGUUGCAGUAGGAAGAAUACGGCAAGAUGUGUCUCAAGAAGGGAACUACGGGUUGGACAUAUUUGUUUGCGGAGACCAAAUACGCAAGGGUGCUGCGUUAAAUGCUGUCCAGAUUGCUGAACUGUUGCUGUAGAAUUGUACUUCUAUUUGUGAGCUAAUAUUAUGAUGAGAAAUUUUGUAUGCGGUUAACAGCUGCUAUAUAGCAGUAACUCUAACUCCUAUGUUAGUUUACUGCCUUAUUUUUCUUAAAUAAAAGAAAAUAUUUUCGCUUGGGAAACUUUA